CAUAGAGAUACAUGCGUACUGUACUGCGGUACAGCUCUCCAUUCCGUGCACUAAACGGUCCACCCUCACAGGCUCAUCACCUCCCGGAUAUCCACUGUGAAGCCCCUCAAUCCCCUGACCUUGGCCGUUCGUUGCCCUUCGAGUGUUGCCCCAUCGACCCUGAUCCAACCCCAGGAUAGUGUGCCAGUGGCUCUCAUAAAACGUCCCCCACCGCAUCUACCGUAUCAUUUCAUACAAGUACCACUUGCCCUGCAACCCUACGACCAUUGUUCACUCGAUUCUAACUUCAUCUUCGUUUCGUCUGUUGAGCCCGUUCAACUUCUUCCUGUUUCAGUAACUGGCUGAGCGCAGUCACGAAUCUGGAACUCAUCAGUCAUUCACUCCGACGGCCUGGAAGGGUCACAACGGGCGUUUUGACCGUGUUGCUCGAGUUGGCAUCUAUUCGAACUUAACUGGGCAACCAGCAGCCACGGCGACGAGCAUUUGAACGACGUGCUUUGAUCCUUCGCCGUAACCACAGCGUUGAUUUCUCGUCAAGAAAGGAAAACAUCUAGCAGCUUCUGGCCGAGAUAUGUUCCCAUGUGCACCGCAACAUACGCAGUCACCAUGGCAGAGUUGAAGGAGCCGGCGCACAACAGUCUCUGGUACGCCAGCCCUGUACAGAUGCCGACGAGCCGGUCCAGUCACGCCGUGGACGCAGGACUUUCGAAUCCAACUUCCGCCUCGCCCCAUUCAGGACGACCGAGACAAGGCGGCUGGGGCAGCGUGGACCAUCACCAGCAGUAUCCGUCAUACAGUCGCUAUUCGCAGGACGACACCAACGACCCUUACGACAGGCACCAGCACCCCUCCUUGUCCAGUCAUCAGAGUUUUCCCAACCUCAAGCGGCCCUACUCGGCGACAGAGCAGCCCCCAUACCAGGAGAUCGUCCAGGACCUACGAGACGAUGGCUCAAAGCUCGGUGUCGGCCACGACCACAAGCUGCUCUCGUUCAGAAAGGUUCCGGACAAGCACACAAUCCUCGACCACCAUGGUCGCAUGCAACAACUGGAGCUGACCGCUCAACUACACGGCAUGUUUUUUCUGUCCGAGAUGCCCACGACCAACAACGACGGCUCAGUCAUGCAGCCGGAGCUCACUUGCUACCGGCGGAACCUUUUCCAGGUCAGCGGGUCACUCAUCACACCGAGGGGACAAAUCUCAGUCAUUACGGAGACUGGGGAAACAGCGCCAGUGAGCAGCACAGAAGUCACCAUCUCGUCGAUCGAGUCGGUGGACGGACAUCCAGUGCGACUAAUCGUCAUUCCGUGGAAGACACCCCCACCAAACUCGCCGGAAGUCACGCAGGCACCAGACCAGGAGCCAGCCUCUUUACCGUUGAUCCCAUUCCAGGAUGAUGGUUCCGACGCAGAGGGGGAAUACGCGGUGUAUCCCAUCGGUUGGCGACGUCUUCAGUUCCGAAUUGCGACAGCCAACAACGGCAGGAGGAAGGAGCUUCAGCAGCAUUUUGUGGUCCACCUGAAAGUCAUGGGAACAUUGGCAAACGGAUCAAAGGUUGUGCUCACUGAAGCCGCAACCGCGCCCAUCGUGGUGCGAGGACGCAGCCCGCGCAAUUUUCAAGCGAGGAAGGAGAUCCCGCUCUUGGGAUCCAGCGCUGGGUCACGAGGACAAGCGCUCGUGGAGACCGGGCUGGGUAUUGUCGCUGGACCCUUAGCGAUCAAGCCGCAAGAGGUGAAGGCGAGGCCCCUCAACAUGGAGCUGCCGCGUACAGCUUUCACUUUCAAUGCUCCUAAGUUACCGGCGAGCCCAAUGACUAGUAUGCGGUCGAACUCUUACCCGACGACGUGGAAUCCAUCGAUGCCUACUUCCGGAGCGACAAAUUAUCCCGCGACGACAAUUGCGUCGGACCCCUACCAAAAGAUGCCUCUGUCAGGAACAUCAGCCUACUCGGCUGAGCCGCAAGAUAUGCAGUCUCACAUGCCCACAUCCAUGCCUUCAAUGCAGUUGUCCAUGGUUUCGAGUGACCAACCGGGGCAGCAGCCGCAGCAGUCAACGGCCUCUCACCAAGUUCCGCCCAUAAGGACGCAGUACGCCUCCUACGUUCCGAGCUCGAACGCUCCUCCACCUCUUUCGGUCUCCUCGGCUGCAAACAGCAGCCUGAGCGUGCCCCGAUACGUGGAUGACAGCAACCCGCGGCCAACAAAGAGCCCUCGGCAUCCUUCGAUCCACGCUGGUUCGAUAUCCAGCACGGAGUCGUCUGGCGAAUACCGAUAUGGCCCCCCAUACAGUGCCAUGAGCACCAACUCGGCCGAAAUCAGCCCUCAGACGUCUCAGCACGCGUCAUACUCAACAUCGCACGGCGGCGGCCACGAGAGCAGCGCUGCAUCUAAUACACAGUCUUCAAGCGCGAUCCCUCCUCCUAGGGACUAUUUCCCGCCCUCGACGUCCUGGACCACGACCGCUGGCGAGUCAAACGCACCAACAUAUACGAACGGGGACCACCGAUCCUCAUAUCCAUACUCAACAGACCAGUACAAGACCGCGGGAGGUGUCAAGAGCGAUCCUCAUGCCCCUCCACCUCCGGUCUAUCCUGGCCAGGCCAUGAGCCAUUACUCGUGGAACACUUCUUGAUGGCGCAUAGGGUACGGGGUUACGGGGAAAGGAUCUGGGUAGGAUUCUGGAUCAUUGGAGUCCGAGGGCCGCCUGAUGACGAGUAUGGAAUGCAUGCCAAGAAACAUUGAGUCGAGCCGGGAGGCAUGACGGCAGCCCGCAAGGCCUGCACCCACCACUCCUUUCCAUCAUACCCGAACCACGAACGCGCUAUACCCCUAUACGAUGCGACUUCUUCCCGUCCCUACCGAUCGAAAUUUUAUGUAUAAUCACCGUGGGUGGCCUUGUCCAAAAAAUGAUUACGGAUGGCUUAAUGCUUUUGGAGAGCUCUAGGCGCGAAUCUGGGGAGGCAGGCGUUAGGAAAGCAUUUCCAGAUUGACGCGUUUUCCAAGUUAUCCUGUGGUGCGAACUCAUGUUAUCUGUUUCGAUGAUCGCAUAUCUGCUUUCUUUGUUCUUUUCCAUUCCAUGACCAAUACCGAUACCAAAUUCUCUGUUUUCGAAAACCGAUGGAUACUACCUCUUUCUCCCAAGCCGCGGCCCUCCGAAAGAGCCAGAGAGGGGGGCACGACGGACGGAAACAAAAACACACAGGCACAUGCGUGCCCGCGCACACACCAACAGAUUACCUCGUGGAGUUGCAUUGUUCUUGGGCCUGAAGAGCAAAGUGUGGGACGACACGGUCUCCCUCAUGCGUGGGUCCAGCUGGCAUAAUUCCUAUGCAUGUUCAAAUACCCCAUUGAUAGAGAGAACAAACGGGGUUGGGAUGGGCUGAGGAGGGUUCGGCGGCUCUUUUGCUCUUUUUACAAUUCAUCUCGGUCUCAGUGGCUUUAUUGGGAGGGAAAUUCUGCUUUCUCGCCGCACUUUUUUAUAUAUACAUGUUUGAUCAUUAUCGGGUCGACUACUUGUCUUCUUUACAUUUAUACUAUUCAUUCGUGGGGCUGGCUGCGCUUGCAUUUCUUCUUCCUUUUUGCUCACCUGGUCUCGGCAGGACUAGAGAGACACGGAGAGAAGGUGGAACGGUGACAGGGUAGCAGGGCUAGGUGGGUAGGCCUUGGUCUCUGGGACAGUGUGUGCGUGUACGACGAAGUCUGGACUGGCGGAGGCUGGAUACUGUUUGAUAAUUCGUAUCUCUUGCCAUAUUCUGCUGAAGGGCAGACACAGAAGGAGGAUCUACCACAAAAAAAUGAACUGAAUAAUACCACUUCCAGCAGAGGUCGCCUGGCUUCCACUCCGUCACUGUCGCUUCACUGUCACUUCGCCUUGACUCCUUCAAUAUCUUGAUGUCUCGUGUGCCAUCUUCAUCCACCGUACUGUGAUCUCCCUCUACUGUGACGUUUCUGAAGCACACUACGAGCCGCAGACCCGCCACGCACAGGCCCAGGUGAGGCCAUACGCAAGUCACAGAAUCUAAGCACGAGUCGGCCGUGGAAGGCACCGUAACAUUGAGCCUCUGGACUGAGUAGCGAAGUCUGCGCCGUGUGCGCAGCUGCUACGUGUGACGAGAUCCUGAAGGGAGGCAGGAAGGGGUCCAAAGCCAAAAAAGCCCCAUGACGCCAAAAAUACCAUCCCAGAAACGUGGAGCACGGGCGGCGAGCAAGGCAGACAGGCGGGAACAGCACAGAGGUGUACAAGACAGGACAGACAGGCGGACAGACCCAAACACAGUGGCGGUCUUGGGUGUGGUGGGUGUGGUAUCUGUGGUAUCUGUGCGAUGGCACACUUUCCCGUGAUCCCGGGGCACAUGGCACCGUAGCAGGCGGAGAAUUUUCACCCCAGGUGAUGGCCGGAUGACCUGCAUGCAUGAAGAAGGGCCCACGUUGCUUCACCUUCCUUUUGUCCAUCUUCUCUUCUCUUCGUUUUACCUUUGUGUGUUGUUUCUCGGAUUUUUGCUCGAGCGUCCCGGGCAAUCCGUCCGUGUUCGUCUGAUGGGUGCCACUGGCGAGCCGGCUUACACGCGACAUCAAACCACCACGCAGGGGGGAGGGGGGUAGGGAGCAAGAACUCGGGGGUGGUCAUGCGGGUAAGUUGGCCGCCGGGCCCGAGAGUUGCACGAUCGCGGUCUGUCGUUUGGAGACUUCACUUGUCAGAGAUGGGAUGAGGGGGGUUGGAAGGGUGGAGUGACAUGGCAUCUCGCGGGUGUGUCUGUGUACUUUGUCCCCAUCGCAUCCACGGAGAUUCGGUUGCUGUUUGUUGGGGAGAGGAAAGGGGGGGUGGAUAGGUGGGUGGGUGGCAGCGGUGGAAGAUGAGCAAUAAGACUACUUGGUGGUGAUGAGGGCAAAAGGCUGGGGGGUGAGUGGAGGCCGUCGUCUUGGAGCGUCUGUUGAUGCUACUGCUGUGUGACUGCCACCUGAAGGGGCACAUAAGGUUCGUAUGACAAGGUGUCAAAGCGACUCGGGCCCGUAAUGGUUGCUGAGUACGACGCCAGACGGAGCCGGGAAAGGGGACUGCUGGAGAGCGAGAGAGAGGCAGGGAGAGUAAGAGAGAGAGAGCGAGACGGAGAAAGACGGAGAGGUGGAGAGGAGGAGGAGGUGGAGGAGGACGACGACGAGGGCUUGCUGGCACUGGC